AUGGGUAGAAGAAAGAUUGAAAUCCAGCCGAUAGAGGAUGAACGUAACCGAUCCAUUACUUUUGUAAAAAGAAAGGCAGGUUUAUUCAAGAAAGCUCAUGAAUUGGCGAUCUUGUGUAAAGUGGACAUUGCAGUCAUCAUCCUCGACGACAAUAAUGACGAUCAUCAUGAGUUUUGUUCGUGCAACAUUAACAAAUUGCUCAAUAGUUAUAAAAACAGGGGAAAAGUUCCUAAAAAUAAGGGCUUAUCGAAUUUGGAUUACAAUAAUGGUGGUAAAUCCGACCACAAGCGAUACCUUAGCACUGCCACCACUUUCUCCGCCACUGAUUCGAUAGCAGAAGAUGAAAGCGGGUCAGAAGACAUCGAGUUGAAGCAUAAACGAGGUAUUUCAGAUAUCAGCAACUCAACUAUAGGUGGAGGCCUAGCUAAAUUUAAUGAUCAAAUUCCAAAAUAUCCUACCAACAAUUAUCCCUCAAAUAAUAAUAAUAUUAAUAACAUUAAUAAUGAUAAUGAUAAUGAUAAUGAUAAUAAUUAUAUCAAACGGUUAAAACCAAAUAAUCGUUCAAGAGAUUUUCCAAAUAACCCCAUGGUUGGCGCCGUCAAUGGUCAUUCAAUUUCUAAUCAAUCAAGUAUCUCCGAUAAUUAUAACUAUGUCCGUGCACAGCCCAUCAGCUAUAUUAAUACUAAUAAUAAUCCCCUACCACAAUUCAGUCCUCCGCAAACUCUUCCCUUUGCAGGCACCCUGGUAAACUCUUACCAUAAAAUCCCGUUUGUUUCUUCGAAAUUAAGCCAGUAUGAAGAUUCUCAAGGAAAUUCUUUUAAUGGUACAAACAAUAUAAUGAAUAAUAAUAAUAAUAAUAAUAAUAAUAAUACUAAUGCCCCGAUCCAUAAACCAAUAUUCUCUUCCAAUUUUGUGUUCCCUCCUAACCAAAAACUUCCUCCAAUAAACACAGUACCGCCUUCCACCUCUAGUACAAAUCCUCUCCCAUUUAAUAGCAACAUUAAUGACAACUCUAAACCGAGCUCAAUAGGAAGUAGUGUCAACAAUCUCAGAAGUUCUCCAAUCAUAUCGACUGCUAAAUCAAUUGAUAAUUCCACCGGCACUCCAGGAGUAAAAGAAGAAGAUAAAGAGAGUUUGUCAUAUAAGCAGCAUCAAUCGACGGUUAGUGUCAAUUCAAAUAUCCCUUACAGCGCUGCCUCGAGCCCAGCGUUUACACAUACUCCAAGACAAAUCAGCAAUUCAUCAAGACCAGUUCUUCGUGUGCGAAUCCCCGAAGAAAACGACUCUUUCAAACCAAAGAAAGAAAAUAGUGAAGUUGGUGGCCUCGCCGGGUCUAAUGAGAGUGCCGGUGUCACCAGUGCCGGGAUCAAGUUCCCUCCAUCUUCAAGAGACAAAGAUUCACCGAAUACUACUCUGUUAAAUGGUAGCGAUAACAAUAAAUCAACCCCAGUAUCUGCAUCUUUGCCGAGCGCGCUAUUCCAAUUCACAAUCCCAGGGUCGAUUACCAAAGAUAAAUCAGGGGAGGGGAAAAACCCUCCACGAUUGACCACUAAUAAUCUUCCAAGUACGAGCGGAUUAUUAUCGUCCAGUAUCCGCCCUUUCCUUUUCUCAUCUGGUAAUGGGGAGCAGACUCCGGUCAGUGGGUUACCAAUGGGGACUUCGAAGUUCAUGAAUGAACCUGCUCUGAAAUAUAUGAAUGAAUUCUUCCCAUCACCUUCAAACUACUAUGGUGAAUGGAACGAAAGCGGGAGCAGCGGGAAUACGCCCAUCAGGACCAUAGGUAUAACCUUACCGCCUCCACCAAGCAAUACAAAAAGCUCGAGUGACAGUAGUUUGAGUAAACAUAGUUUGAAUAAUCCUAAUGGCUCGAUCAGAGAUGAGCUUCCAAGUCCGGUUUUCAAUAAUUCUAACGGAGCUUUUAGGAGAUUGAAGGACCCUGAGUACAAGAAAAGGGAAAAUAGCUCCUAG